GCCUGGCCCGGAGGGGUUGGCCCUGGUGAGGGAACCCGGGAAGGCAUGGGGCCCGCCAUGCGGAGGCCGCUGCCUCGCGUGCGCCCCCUGUCGGGGGACGCGUACCUGGCCUCCUGGGGUGGAUGCCAGUUCUUCGCCCCUGCAGACCGCCCCCUGGUUCCAGCCUACGCCCCCUGCCGCCCCGGGCGCCUCCAGCGUCACCUCCUGAGCGGCGAGUUCGACCAGCUGCGCGACUUCCCCAUCUUUGAGAGCAACUUCGUGCAGGUGACACGGUUUGGAGAAGUCGCCAACAAGGUUACCAUGGGGGUGGCAGCCUCUAGUCCAGCCCUGGAGCUGCCAGACCUGCUGCUGCUGGCUGGCCCUGACAAGGAGAGUGGACGCCUACAGCUCCUCGGGCUGUUCCCUUUGCAAUUCGUGCAGCUGUUCGUGCACGAUGAGAGCCGCCAGCAGCUCAAGGUCAAGUUCCGCACAGGUCGUGCCUUCUACCUGCAGCUGCGCGCGCCUGCAGAGACCCGCGACCGCGAGUUCGGCCGCUGGGUGCGUCUGCUCUACCCCCUUCCCUCCCACUCGCCUGCCUGCGUAGUGCCCUUCACGCAUGAGGACACCGCUCCUGAGGAGGAGGACGAGGAGGAGGAAGAGGAGGAGGAGGGCGAGGAGGGACAGUUGCGGGCCCCGGAGCUUCAAGCCACAGAGGCCAGACUGGACCCGCAGGUCUCAGAACUCUGGGGGCUCUGAUUUAGACAAGAUCCUUCCAUAUCGCCAAAGGACCAGAGAUCAAGCCAGCUCACUUCAGAGCCAAAGAGAUGGAUUUUUAAAGUUAAUAAAGAUCGGGCUCUUAAGAACGAA